CACUGUAAUGACAAGCAGCCGAAACAUGAUGCCAUAAUUAAACGCAGUGAUUGGUUUAUGUUAGAGGCACUAAAGCACUUCACCACAUAUUGGCACUUCUCCUUGAAAGUACGUUUCUUUUCUCUGUGGAAGUAUGUUUUUGAUCAACUUUUAUGAACACAAAACAAAAACAUGGCACAAUGUGUUCAUUGAUCGUGUGCCUAUGUGUUCUGUGCUGAGUUACUGUGAAGCUCUAUCAGGAUGACGUGUUUUUCAUGUAGGUGCGGGGAUAACCAUUUAUGCAGGUCUUCAACUGUUCCUCGCUUCAACACCUGAAGAGGCAUCUCAAGGAGAAAAAACAAACUGCGAACCUAUCACCUUUUCGGAGGCACACAGCAAAAGGAUUUUCAAUUACUGCCUAAGCCGAGCCCGUCGAGUGAUAGAAAAUGCAUUUGGCAUAAUGGCUCAAAGAUGGCAUAUCAUGCGGCGUCCUUUCAAAGCCAAAGAUGAUAACAUCCGGCGAAUUAUCUCCGCAUGCGUGGUCCUUCACAAUUUCAUGAUGAAAGAGUCAGAGACAUCUCGGUGCACCUACUGCUCUCCAGGGACAGCCAAUCAGGUUGACUGGCAGGGUAACAUCACCGAAAGCAACUGGAGGGCUGAUGACACCAGCAGUGCUGCUCUGCCAUCUCUACCGAAGACUGGCUGCCACGCCACAAGGUUUGCUUACGAAACGCGGGACCUCCUGGCAAAGCACUUCAUCACCAACGGCAAGGUGCUUUGGCAAGAGAGCAAGAUAAUGGACACAAGACUGUACAGUGGUGAGUGCACCAUUUAUUGUUAUCAUGACUGUCAUGCAGAGAAACAACCUGAUCCGCCUUGA